GUGGCUGACGCCGUCGCUGCUUGGUGGGUUGUCCAGGUAACCGCGGGAGUUGUCUUGGUCAACGACCAUCCGAGACCUGCGUCAUGCUGUUGAAGCACCUGAGGACCCUGCUGAGCCCUCAGGAUGGAGCUGCGAAGGUGACUUGUAUGGCCUGGUCCCAGAACAACGCUAAAUUUGCUGUCUGCACAGUGGACCGAGUGGUAUUGCUGUACGAUGAGCAUGGGGAGCGGAGAGACAAGUUCUCCACCAAGCCAGCUGACAUGAAGUGUGGCUGGAAGAACUACAUGGUAAAGGGCAUGACUUUCUCCCCUGAUUCCACUAAAAUUGCCAUCGGACAGACUGACAACAUCAUCUAUGCCUACAAGAUUGGAGAAGAUUGGGGUGACAAGGUCAUCUGUAACAAGUUCAUCCAGACGGUAAAGUUCAGAGAGUGCUGUCACCUGUCUACAGUGGCCUGCAGAGUACAUUAUUGUCUUCGGACUGGCUGAAGGCAAGGUAACGGAGGAGAGGGAGACACAGGUUCGAUAAGCAAACACUAAAACUAACAAGUCGUCUACCAUCUAUGGGACGGACUCGUAUGUGGUGGCGCUGACAACCAAGUGAGUAACAGAAGUAGACUGGGACUGUCAGGACAAAGCUGCAUUUGAUGGAAAGGGGACUGUCACGGGGCGGAAGUCCCUCCCUCUGUGCCCACCUCUCUGCCUCUGCCCUUCAGUUGCUCUGGGAAAGGCAUCCU